AUGGGUGAUAAAGUUGCCCUUAUCUUUGGAUAUGGACCACACGUUGGGGUCGAGGUUGCGAAGGCCUUCGCAACACACGGCUACGAAGUCGCCGUAGUGUCGCGCUCAGAUAAUUGUUCAGAUAGCGCAAAGGGCUAUCUACAAAUAACAGCGGACCUAUCGGACCCAUCCUCAGUUGGAGCCAUAUUUACGAAAGUCAUCGAAGAACUUGGCCACCCCAGCGUUGUGGUCUACAAUGCUUCUGCCCUUAGCCUGAAUCCGUCGAGUGCUCUAGAGCAACAAAUUUCCAACUUUCAAUCUGAUAACAAUGUUAAUAUUGUUUCUGCGUACAUUGCAGCCCAAUUGGCCAUACAUUCUUUUGCUCUGUUACCAUCUGUAUCCUCGAGAACAUUCAUUUACACCGGAAAUAAGCUCCCGUUCAUGGUGGUACAACCACUGCUGGCCCAGGGCGUUGGUAAAGCUGGUGCUGCACACCUCAUCCACUACUUAGCGGAAGAGUACAAAGACCGGGACUACAAAUUUUACUUCGCGGAUGAGCGCAAGCCGGAUGGAAACCCUGUUUACACCGCAAUUGAUGGCUCUGCUCAUGCUGAGUUUUAUAUCCAGCUUAGUGAGGAUAAGACUCAAGGGCCGUGGAACGCAACAUUUGUGAAAGGACAAGGGUACAUUCCUUUCCCCGAAACAGUGGUUCAGGAUGCUGUUGUUAUGGAUCAGGAAGUGCCUAAUAUUGAGUGA